GCAUUCGUUCGUGAGACCUAUUCGAAAAAUGACCGAUCAACAAUCCAACUCCGAUUCGGAUUCUGAAAUCGACAUUGAAGCUGAUUUUGAAGAACAUACAUUUUCAUUAACUGAUGGUGGAAAGGAACAGAAAAAGAGGAGGAUAUUAAGGACUCCAAAAUGUGCUAGAUGUAGAAAUCACGGUGUCGUGAGCUGCUUAAAGGGCCACAAAAAAUAUUGCAGGUGGAAAGACUGUGUUUGCGCUAAUUGCCUAUUAGUGGUCGAAAGACAGAGAGUAAUGGCGGCUCAAGUGGCUUUAAGAAGGCAUCAACAUCAGGUUUCGGAGAAUAAUACUGCUUCCGGUCAACAGAAGGUACGGAACGCUGCGAACCUUUUACAAUAUCGAAAAACUCUGCAACGCAAUCUGAGAAAUCUGCAACAGCAUACGUUGUCCAGAGAAAUACUGCAAUCUUAUAAUAUGCGCUUCCGCAAUGUAGGUCAGACUGAACCAAGAACUCCACAGCAUCCAGUUAUAAACGAAAGAAUGCGCAAGCGCAAAGCCUUCGCCGAUAAAGAAUUGGAUGCAUUAACACUUCAAAGGCAGCAAGCUGCCGUUCAACCAAUUUUCAAAUUGCCACUUCCGAUACCGGUUAAGAGUUCCUCAGAACAAGGGGGUUUCCUCCGAAAGCUCUUCCCUACUCAUAAUCCACAAUUUCUGGAGUUAAUUCUACAUAGUUGUAGUGGGAAUCUUGAAAAGGCUAUUGAACAUAUAGUAGCUGGUAUGAGCGGUGUCCAAUCAAGAGCUUCUCUCACAUCAACCUCCACUCAUCCUGCAUUUGGUUCUGACGACGAAAAAAAGCCAAAAGUCGUUACGGACGAACCAACAACUAAAAAAGUGCCUCUAAAAUUUAGUGUUGAAUCAAUUAUUGCCAGAUAGAAAAUUCAAAGUUGUAUUUAUUUUUUAAGAAAAAUGGAAUAUGCUAGAAUGAACAAAACAGAAAAAAGAUUGUAUGUAUGUUAACGAGAGAAAGAGAGAAAGAGAGAGAGAGAGAGAGAGAGAGAGAGAGAGAGAGAGAAAGAGA